AAUGAAUGUUAUUGAUAAUCAACGUAUUCUUAAUCAAUCAUCAAAUAAAUUAGAACCACGACAAGCAUAA